GAAGAUCCCUGAAUGAUAGAGCCAUGGUCAGGACUUUGUGGGCCAAACGUGGCCUUUUUCUUGAAUAAAAAUAAGAAUAAACUGCGUGUCACAAAAAUGACGCUUGCUUUGUAGUUUCCCGCCACACAAGAAGUCCCUUAAAUCGAGAACCUCGCCGACACGAGCUUUAAUCUUCAAUUCCCUUUCGGCGAUGACGGCCAAGCGAAAGGUCUCAGAUCCAGGCAACUUAUUCCGAUCCCUUGCUUCAGCUAUUGCUUCCGCUCAGGUUUCUAAGCUGCCAAUCUUCAAACGUCUUUUGUUCACUUUGAGUCAUUUAUCAUUUGCUCAACCAGUAAAUUGGGAGACUUGUGACGUUGCCUCACGAUUUUGGAAUAUCAAGCUCAGUGGAGAGCAAGUGGAAUUGAUCAGUUUCGAGGAUGUUUGUAACCUCUCUGAUGUUUUGUUCACGGAGCUGGAUAGAAUUUUCGAAAGCCUACACUCUACUUUAUUCAAACAGAACGGUGAAACUUGUCCCACAUUUGCAAUUUCAGAAGAACGUAUUGAAUUAGCCGUUCUGUUCUUAAGAUGUUGUAUGAAGAUCAUGACUUUACUUUUGCCCAAACAAGAGCUGGUUCUAGAGAAAGCUAAAACUCUUCUCUCGAUCCUCAGUCGAUUGAUCCAUGCAACGAAUGGGGAUUGUUCUUUUGUAAUCGCUCAUGAUGGAUCUUUAGAUCCCCGCCAUGCAUUCCUUUGGAGAGGGCUUGAGGCUUUCAUGGAUGAGAUAUUGGUGAAUAAGUCAAUUCGAGAUCUGCUUUUCCUAGUCGAUUCUGCAUUCUCCUCGUGUAGACUGUUCAGUAAGCAUGAUAGGGCCGGUGUGGUGGAAAUGGUUUCUGCACAUUUUAUCAUCUCAACUUCUGAUGAGAAGAUGAUAAGCAUGUGUGUUGAUAGAUUAUGCUGGACGCAAGCUAAUGCGUUUACAACUCCUCAGAUAAGCUUGUGUGCUGCUUUAUCCUUGCUACAAAACCCGGUGAUUUCCUCUGCACCAAGAAUGAUUCAUGCCUAUGUGGUUUUAUUGGUUUCUGAAGCCAUCGGUAUAUGUUCACCUCCAUGUGUUAAGGGAUCAGACCUUCAGCUUAUUGAUCGCUAUAUUGACGCAUUUGAAAAGUCUGUUGUUUUGUACACAUGGAACAUACGUAAGGGUGAGAAUGGUCCAUCUGGGAAGUUUGGUAACUCUCGGGUGGCUUUUAAACACCUUCUUUUGCCCUCGACACUGGAAAAGGUUAAUCACCUCACAGUGAAGCUAAAGGAGUCAUGGGGUGCAUAUCAAAGCAACAAUGCCAAGAGAGAAAAUAGUGAGUUGGUAGCGUAUUCUGUUGCAUACGCAAAGGCCAGCAGCUUAUGUGUAUUUGAUAGCUCCUGCUCAGAAAAUAUGCUGUCGCAGACCUUAUCAAUUCUUGGUUCCAUGAUACUUAGAGCUAGUUCUGAUGAUGUCAUGGACUCUGUGUUGCAAAAAUACAACGCAUCUAGUAUGGAAGAUCUAUAUUUGCUUGCAUCUACACUGAAGUUGAUGAGUUAUUCGAUGUUGCAAGUCAUCCGGGUUCUCAGGAAUUGCAACUGGCGUCAAUCUGAAGCUGAAGGAGAUGUUAGAGCUUGCAAGGAAUACAAAGCCAUGAUGGAUGUUGUUCAACGUUUUGAACAGUUCAGUGUUCAUUUGCCCGGUCAAAGUUUCAUGCGCGGUAGAAUGGAGUCUCAUCCUAACAAACAUGUGAAAUCUAAGUGGAUGAUUAUGCAUUUUUCAGGCUUGCUGUCUGUAAGCUCUGCACUCAAGCUUGACUUUCUAAUGAAGAACUCCAUUUUUGGAAUGGUGGUAUCUCUGUAUUUAUUUAUCCUAGAAGGGGGUGACAUGGAAGAACUUAGGGAUUCAGUCUGUCACUCAGAAAGGCCGUCAUCUUCCAUACCAUCCAGUGGUUCUAAAGACUUGGAAGCUUCUGGUAAAGCUGAGGAGACAGCAGUAGAUAGGAAACUGAGCGGGGCAGUUGCUUUGAAGUUUCAAAAAAGCCGAACUUUGUACUUGGGGAAGAUGUCUGAAGCUAAAGAUCCAGAGAAUUGUUCGGAUUCAGGAGUUGCUGUUGAAGAGGAAACAUGCAAUGGGGAGAGAUUUCUGUGGUGUAUGGCCGGAAAAAGCAACCUGCUUAGAAGCGACGUGGAGGAGUUGGCAGAUUUCAUCGCGUGUGAGCCCGGUAAGGAUUACGCCGAUUGGCUAAAAGGGAGAGAACGGUUUCGGAAUCAACGGUGGAAGUCGGACAAGAUUGCUCUCCAAAGGUGGAAGAAGAAGCAAAAAGCUUGGAGAGAGAACAAAAGGAAGAGUAGUUAAAAACAUAGUAUAGAUGUAUGUUUUAUUAAAAGAGUGAAGAUCCCAAGAGUUAAUUAUGCAAUAUCUCAUGAUCACAAGUUACAGUGUCCACUUAUUAUUUUAUUAGUCAUGAUAAUCUUUCGU